CCCAGGGGAAUUCGCAGCCUGUGUCUAGGCUGCUCAUCCUUCUGGCCCUUGGGACAUCCCCACCGCACCCACAGCUGCUGUUUGCCCACCUGCCUGUCCGCUGAGAAACCAAAAUGGCACCCAAGAAGGCAAAGAGAAGGGCAGCAGCCGACAAGGAGAGCUCCAAUGUAUUCUCCAUGUUUGACCAAACACAAAUCCAGGAGUUCAAAGAGGCCUUCACUGUCAUUGACCAGAACAGAGAUGGCAUCAUUGACAAGGAAGACCUGAGAGAUACAUUCGCUGCUAUGGGGCGCCUGAACGUGAAGAAUGAGGAGCUGGAUGCCAUGAUCAAGGAGGCCAGCGGCCCCAUCAACUUCACUGUCUUCCUCACCAUGUUUGGUGAGAAGCUGAAGGGUGCUGAUCCCGAGGACGUAAUCAUUGGCGCCUUCAAAAUCCUGGACCCUGAGGGCAAGGGCAGUGUCAAGAAGCAGUUCUUGGAAGAACUCCUGACCACUCAGUGCGACCGGUUCACCCCAGAAGAGAUCAAGAACAUGUGGCACGCCUUCCCUCCAGAUGUAGCUGGCAACGUUGACUACAAGAACAUUUGCUACGUCAUCACACACGGAGAGGACAAGGAAGGGGAAUAAGCCCAGGUUUUCCCACCCUUGCUUUGUGGGGGGAAUCCACCCAAACACCCCCAGGCCGGGGAGUUUACCUUACACUGGUCCCAGAUGAUCCACACACUUUUGUAACCCAGCAAUACACACGUCAAACCUGUUAUUUAUUAGUAUUAUUAUCUGGGGAGGAAAACUAUACCCCCCCAAAGCCAAAGCCGUGCCCACUUCAACUUGUCUUAACCUAACCGGGACCUUCCUCCGUAAAAUGUCUUAAUAAAGAUGAGGACACCUCUGUUUCUAACGCC